AUGGCCACCUCGCGCCCCAUGGAAGGACGCGGGCUCCCCUACGAGCUCCUCGCGGCCAUCUACAGCCACAUCAUCCACGAGUUCCUGGCCAAGCCGCGCCUAGUCUCCCUGGAAGCCACCGACUUCCCCCGACUGGGCGGCGCCGGGGUGCGCCUGGUGUGUCACAACUACCGCACCCUCCGGCAGGACGACCCAAUCCGGCGCCUGCGGCUCGUCAACCUCACGUCCAAGCAGAUAGUCGACGACAUCAUCCGGGCCCUGCCCCCGGCCGGGCGCGAGCUCAUGGACAAGUUCCCGCGCCAGCUGCACGGGCUGCAGCUCAGCCCGCGGACGGACCUCUUCUUCCUGUCGAGCGUCGUGCUGGCCAUGGCGCACCCGCUCAUGUUCCACCCGGGCAUCCGCGGCGUCGGGCUGGCGGACCUGCGGGCGUUGGGCGGCGUGGCCGUGUCGGCGCGCGAGAUGGGCCUCUGCCUCGAGAGCUGGUGGGAGCUGGAGCCGCACGGCGAGAGCGAGGCGCGCAUGCUGCAGCUGCUGGCGGGCCGCGACCCGGGCGCGGACCGCCUCGUCGUGCUGCUCGGCGCCGACGGGGUCUCGGACGGCGUCCGGUACGAGCAGCUGGCGUUCGUGCCCGAGGAGGAGGCGCGGGACGUGGAGAGGCGCUUCGCGGCGGGCCCCGGGGACCUGCUGCUGGUGCGCAACGUGAUGCAGACGUGGCGCCGCUGGAGGGAUGCGAAGGGUGUCAGUGUGCCCAGGCUGGAGUUUGCGACCAUCAGGCGGGAGCUGGGUCGGUGAUGGGGCGUGGUCCAUGUGUCCAGAGCCGACACAUUGUUGAUUAUUCUCCCGUAUUUUUCUUUGCGUGCCUGUAUUUCUGCUGAAUUAAGCCUUAGCCAUAUGCCAUGCGUAUCCUUGGUCGGAAGAAAACGAUUGGGUGCAGCCAUGGCGACAUGCUGCCGUAUUGUUCAUCGUUAGCGCCUCUCUGGUGGAUUUAGCCUCGGCCCACAGGAUCCCAAUCGCCGAAUAAUUGAUCACUCAACAGCCCAAUGCAAGCGACGCGGAUAUGUCAGCAACCACUCGACGAGAAAAGUGGCUGAGAACACCCCCUCAAUGUCAGUAAAGACAUGCUUGCCGACGACAGCCUCUGAUUACUGAUGAGUCCUAACACGA